GCAGGGGAAGGAGGAGGCGGGGCCACAGGGGACAGGUGUUUAAAUACCGACAGGUGAGAGUGCAGGUACAGCAGAUCUCAGAGCUGCAGUCCACCUUCACUUUCACCUGAGCCAGGAACAGUCUAUCUGCAGAGAUGAUCAGAGGUGUGCUGUCCAUCCUCCUCGUCCUCGGGGCCGUUUUCACCGCCUUCGCCACCUCCAAACAAUACUUUCCCAAGAGUGGGAAGAGGUCACCCCAAACCCUGUCGCGAGGAUGGGGGGAUCAGCUCAUCUGGGCUCAAACGUAUGAGGAGGCUCUGUACUGGUCCAGGUCAAGGAACAAGCCUCUGUUGGUUCUGUUUCACCUGGAGGACUGUCCUCACAGCAAAGCGCUGAAGAAAGUCUUCGCCAACAACUAUGAAAUCCAGAAGACUCUGGACGAAGAUUUCAUUGUCCUGAACCUGGUGUAUGAAACCACAGAUAAACACCUGGCACCCGAUGGUCCCUACGUUCCCAGGAUCCUCUUUGUGGAUCCCUCCAUGACUGUGAGGGCCGAUAUUACUGGUCUCUAUGGUAACCGCAUGUACGCCUAUGAAACCCAGGAUGAAAAGACCUUGCUAGCGAACAUGCAGAAGGCGAAGAAGCUGCUGAAGCAGGAGCUGUGAUUGGCUGGAGGAACGGAGAACAUGCUGUCAGUCCAAAGCUGCAGCACGAAGCACUGGAUCGUUUCUCAUCUUCAUCAUCAUUGUUUCCUGUCUGUGUCAUCGUUGUUGUUAUCCAGAGUGUCUUUUCAAUAAAUACUGACCUGUUCUUACAGCCUGAUGA